UUUUUGUAGAACACAGCUUGUAGAGCACUAUAAAUUGGGGUCCCCCUUAAUGUCAAUACUGUCAAACAUUUCGCUCACCCACUCAAAUUAGAGAGAACAAGAAGAAGAAGAAGAAGAAGACAUACAGACAGAAACUCAGAGAAUCUACCAAUGGCCACCAAAGUUUACAUUGUAUACUAUUCCACUUAUGGACAUGUCUUGAGACUGGCAGAGGAAAUUCAAAAAGGAGUUGCUUCUGUGGAGGGAGUGGAAGUCAAAUUAUGGCAGGUGCCUGAAACGUUACCAAGCGAGGUUCUUGAAAAGAUGCAAGCACCACCAAAGGGUGAAGCACCGAUCAUUACGCCAAGUGAACUCGCUGAAGCUGACGGUUUACUAUUUGGAUUCCCUACAAGAUUCGGAAUGAUGUGCGCUCAAUUCAAAGCAUUCAUGGAUGCAACAGGAAGUUUAUGGAGAACACAAUCACUUGCAGGAAAGCCAGCAGGCAUUUUCUAUAGCACUGCUUCUCAAGGAGGUGGACAGGAGACUACUCCCUUAACGGCCAUAACUCAGCUAGUUCAUCAUGGCAUGCUGUUUGUUCCAAUUGGAUAUUCAUUCGGAGCUGGAAUGUUCGAGAUGGAGAACAUCAAGGGCGGGAGCCCUUACGGUGCUGGAACUUUAGCCGGUGAUGGCUCCAGACAACCUUCUGAACUUGAACUGCAGCAAGCUUUCCACCAGGGGAAGUACUUUGCAGGCAUUGCAAAGAAGCUCAAGGGAAACUGAUUGUUUUCUAUACUUAUUAUUUGUUCUCCCUGCCAUUAUAUAUAUUAAUAUAAUAUACAAUAUAUAUAGCUGUUCUUUGUUGAAGAAUUUGCUAUGUCCUGUGUUUUAUCUUUUGAUUUGUGUAUGUAUUGAAGCUCACACUGCUACCAAACAUUAUUAUCUAUCAAAGUUAUCUGUUGGGCAUGUAUUUUUAACCCUUAAUCUUUGUGUACAUCACAGUAAAUUUAUCAAUAACGAAUGUUAUAUUGGUACGA